AUGAUUGAUAAACAAGGGCAACUCCCCAGCAAAGCUGUUCGAGAAGAGUACGCUCUUGGGAUAGUGACAGUGUUCCCGUCCCUCAAAGACCCAUACUCCAAGAAAGGCUAUGAACAUUUCUAUGAUGCUGCAAGCAGCACCGGAUACAUUUCUUGGCGUCUGAAAACGAUUCAGAGAAAGAUUCGAAGAGGACAUGCAUCUACAAGUAGCCCCACUGGCUUUUCCCCAGGAGGAGGAGGCCCAAAUGUGCGCAGGUCCAUUGUUGUUGACCAGCAGCUUGAUGGGGAUGCAUACCAGGAAGCCAUCUUCUUGCUCAACCAUACAACAGACAGUUCCGUAAUUUUUCUGAAGAUGAGAGAGACCUUUCAGAAUCGCCAAGAACUCAUCCACGACUCAGACAAAACUCAAGAUAUCUUCUCCAUCUUCCCAAGAUUCCUGGAUACAAAGGGAUUGAUGAAUCAAGACUUCACACUCCUGUUUGAAGAGGAGGUUUCCAACCUGCUGCUCCAGAAAUGGGAUCCGUUCUUCAGAGAUAACGUCAUCAAAGAGGCCAAGCGGCUCACCCCAACACCUGAGCUGCGCCGAAUGCUGCAGGCCGCAGAGUCUCCAGGAAGUGAACUUGACGAGGCACCAACCUAUGACCAAGAGAUGUCCGCCCUGUUGCUGUUGUUGUACCUUCUUCCACCACCACCAGGGAGACCGAGGUUUCCAAAAAUCAGUGCCUCUGAUGCAGUCGAGAGACUGGUAGUCUUUCAUAAGUCUUGCUGCAGCUUGGAGGAGCAUCUCCAGACCGAGCUGCAGACUUCAGUUCCAAACUUAUGCUGGCUUCAGAAAGCACCUCAAUAG